AUAAUAAAAAUCCUGAUUAUAGUCACAAAUGGAUUGUUCAUGCAUUCGAAACUCCUGUUUAUGCAAAUGAGAAUAAUUUGUAAACAGAUCAAAAAGUAAUAACAUCAAGUGUGAAGUUUCUUUUGCUCAUGCGCAUGAAGCUUAAUAGGAAUAAAUUAGUCGCAUUAAAAAGGAAUGGAUUGUCAAGAAAUAUACGCCUAUCAAGAUGGAAGUUUAAUAAUUGAUGAUUUACCUAAUGAGGUUUUUGAGCGCAUAGUGUCUUACUUGAAUGUAGAAGAUUGCAAAGUUGCCUCUCUGGUCAAUCACCGAUGGUCCCAGUUUUGUUUUUCACGCAUUGUCCUCGGAAAGGUACUUCUGGAAAUCAACUGUGCCCAACGUGAUGCCUACUACUAUUGGACUGUAUUGGAGAACAGCAUUCGAUGCUAUCGAAAUGUGGUGCUGAAGUUCGCUUUCGACGAUGAAGGUUAUCUUUUGAGAGUGCUUGACAAAUUUCAGGACAGCUUAGUAUGGAUCAGCAUUGAGCAGGAUGCCGAUGCACGGUUGCUGCACACCGAAAUCUCAUCCACUUACUUAACCCGGAUGCUACAGACAUUCGUCAACGUAAAAGUGCUCACCAUUAAGACUAUCAUGGAGCUAUCGGAUUCAGUAGAUGGGUCGGAACUGCCACAGCUGGACAAACUCGAGUCGAUCUGUUUGUACACACACUGUAUGGAAGGGGACUGGGUCAAUUGGACCCAAAUGUGUCGUAAUCUUAAACGUAUCGGAAUUCCUCUGCAGGAUGGCCAUGUAGGAUUCCCUAAACUCAUUCAACAUUUUUGUGAUCAAGUCGUGCAUCUGUCCAUUGAUGCGAGAUUCGUCGAGCGUGAUUCUCUCAACUUUGUACACGAGGAAUUCCCAAAACUGAGAAAGUUUCGCUUACUCUACCCAAUCAGCAACCCUCCAGUAGCAGGACUUAUCAAAUCGUUUAUCUGUCGGUUGUCAAACCUAACUGAAAUAAGUCUGUUUGCCAACUCAAUCACUAAAGAAACCCUAGAAGCUAUAACCAAAAGUUGCAAUCAGCUGCAAAUGGUCAGUUUGGACACCAACGAUGUUCCGAUUACAGCGUUUUCCAUUCUAUCAAAACUUCCGCAGCUGCGACAGCUGGUGUUGCACAAAAUUACCGUCGAGCCUGCCAUGGUCACUUCGACUUCGUGUUUCCCCGCGUUACGCCGACUGACGUGCCUUUCGAUCCGAAUCAAUUGUCCGGAUGCGUUUUUUCAGCAGCUGAAUAGGAAGAUCCCGUUGCUGACCGAGCUGGAGCUGUUGGAUCGCUUUCGCUUCGGAAUCAGCAAUUUCAAUCAGAAUGGCAUCGUGGCAGCCAUCUGCGCCCACAUGAUCAAUCUACGGCGGCUUGCACUGGUAGAUUGGGCCAUCUUAGAUCUGUCGAUUUUCGAAGAUCUACAUUUGUUGAAGAACCUCGAAGAACUGAGAGUGAAGUGCAUUGGAAUUAAUGCAAACAAGACUGUUCCCCGCUGUGAAGGAGUAAAGAAACUAAUUCUGGAUAUCGAAGCGCACAAACCAACAGAUACGAUCCCUCCCGUAAGCCGUCUGACCCUGGCAGAAAUAAUUUCCGGAGCCUUUCCUAACUUGAAAAGUAUCGAACUACCCAAGCAACUACUCGAUAAGACUAAAUGCUCCGAACAGGAAAUUGCUGCCCUCCGAUCGGCUAUGCCCGAUUGUACGCUUUACCGCCGCACUCGUCCACCAAUGGCAGACAAAGACUACGCAGCUUUGCUCUAGUCCGAAACGCGGCUCUGUAGAAGGACUUUCUCUAUUAAAUGCCAUUAUUACUGCGACGUAGUUAAGCGCUUUUGUGUACAAGGCCUUAUGUUUUACCUUGUCUUGCAU